AUGGCGCCAAGUGCGCUGUCGCUGUCGGCCGCCCUCGUGUUACUGCUGGAUGCGGUGUCAGCGCACUACACUCCGACAUGGGCAGUCCACGUGCCUGGGGGCAAGGAGGCAGCUGACGCGGUGGCCUCCGAACAUGGGUUCAUCAACCUUGGAGAGAUAUUCGACAAUCACUACCAUUUCCACCACCACUCCGUGGCGCGGAGGGCGAUCCAGCCCGCGUUGGAGCAUCACGGUAGACUGGAGAACGAUUCCAGGGUCCGAUGGGCGAAGCAGCAACGCGCGCUGUCCAGAAAGAAGAGGGACUUUCUGCCUUUACAAAACAUACCAUCUACAGUCGAAGCAGAAACGGGAUGGGCGGACUCGCCUCCGCCUUCGACGGCGACGAAACGCGAGGCGGGCACCAGACGAGAUUUGCAGCGAUCGCGCCUCAAAUCUCGUUCACGCUCCGUGGACACCAAAUUCCUGCUGAACGACCCAAAGUGGCCACACAUGUGGUAUUUGAACCGUGGUGGCGGCUUAGACAUGAACGUGAUACCGGCGUGGCAGGAGGGCAUUACCGGCCGAGGAGUCGUGGUCACCAUUUUAGAUGACGGCUUGGAGACCGACCACCCCGACCUCGUCGCAAAUUACGACCCAAUGGCGUCGUACGACGUGAACUCGCACGACUCCGACCCUCAGCCCCGUUACGACAUGAUAGAUUCGAACCGACACGGCACGCGGUGCGCAGGCGAGGUGGCCGCCACGGCUAACAACUCGCUCUGCGCCGUCGGGGUCGCCUUCGAAGCGAGCGUCGGAGGUGUGCGAAUGUUGGAUGGAGACGUGACUGACGCGGUGGAAGCGAGAUCGCUCAGUCUCAACCCUCAGCACGUGGACAUCUACAGUGCCUCCUGGGGACCGGAUGACGACGGAAAGACCGUCGAUGGCCCUGGGGAACUCGCCACCAGGGCUUUCAUCGAAGGCGUCACUAAGGGCCGGAACGGUAAAGGCUCGAUAUUCGUUUGGGCGUCAGGCAACGGUGGACGUGAGCACGACAACUGCAAUUGCGACGGAUACACGAACUCAAUCUGGACGCUGUCAAUAUCGUCAGCGACAGAGAGGGGCGAAGUGCCGUGGUACUCAGAAAUGUGCAGUUCAACUCUAGCAGCCACAUACAGCAGUGGAGCAAUCAAUGAGAAACAGGUGGUAACAACUGAUCUGCAUCAUUCGUGUACGGCGGGCCACACAGGUACGUCGGCGUCGGCGCCUCUGGCAGCUGGCAUCUGCGCACUGGCACUUCAGGCCAACCGAGACCUCACCUGGCGCGAUAUGCAGCACAUCGUGGUGCGCACGGCGCGGCCCGAGCGGCUCAGCCUGGAGGGGGGCUGGCGCGUGAACGGCGUGGGCCGCAACGUGUCUCACUCCUUCGGCUACGGGCUGCUGGACGCUGCUGGUAUGGUCCGGCUGGCGCGGGCCUGGCGCACCGUGCCGCCCCAGAGGCGCUGCGAGCUGGCGGCGCCGCGGCAGAAGCGGGCGGUGCCCCCUCGCUCCUCGGUGUCCAUGGAGUUGGACGUUGGGGCUUGCCCGGGCGUGAACUAUUUGGAGCACGUGCAAGCGCGGGUCUCGCUGUCGGCAGCCCGCCGUGGUGAUCUACGAAUCGCUCUGACCUCACCCGCUGGCACCAGGGUUACGCUGCUAGCACCCAGGGCGCACGAUUCCUCCCACGCGGGAUUCAACUCGUGGCCUUUUAUGUCCGUGCACAUGUGGGGAGAGUCUCCUUUGGGCGUCUGGCAGCUUGAGGUAUCCAACGAGGGCCGAUAUAUGGCUGGGCCUUUGACGCAAUGGGAGUUGGUAUUCUACGGAACGGAAACACCGCCACAAGACUACGACGCGUCUCCAGAAAGCAAUUCGCUGGGUACGAGUGCUGGGUUCGCGGAAGCGGGAGCGCACGCGGACGCGCACGCGGGGACACACGCGGGCGCGGGAACGGGCGCGGUGGCGGGGACGGGAACGGGCGCGGUGGCGGGAGCGGGAAAGGGUGUGUGGGGUGAUUCGAGCGUGCCCGACUCAGAGGAAGUGAGACAGAACACGAUCGACGACGAUCUCGCUCUGGUUUGGCACGAUUCGCACGCGAUCCGCGAGGAGGGUCUUCUGGGCUCGUCGGGCUCGUCGGGCUCGGUCGGCGACGCGGUAUCAGGUUGCGCCGCCCGCGCUCCCCUCACCCCUCACCGCUGUCUAGAAUGCGCGAAGGGUUUGCACUUGUACGACGGGCGAUGUCACGAACGUUGUCCCGAUGCCGUCGAUGAGAAAGAUCAAAGUGCGAUGGAGAUAGAAGAAGAAAUACGAAAUGCAAUCAAGUAUUCCAGUGAAAGUGAAUCUGACGAUGACAUACGUCCU